GAUUGACAGGGUGCUAUGCUAGCUAAAACUGGGACCUAUAGAUAGAUGGUAGCUGAGGUAUUAGUCACUAGAGCAAUUUUUGUACUGUUUAGGCUACCUAGAGCUCAAAAAAUAACUUCUAAUGUUUUGCUUCCAUCUGCGUUGAUGCUUCUCGAACUGGACUUAUAAUAUGUUUCAAAGUGUAUAUUCGCAGCGUCAUUUUCUUAAUUACCAAUUUUAUAUACAGGGAUUUAUUUAGUUGUUUAACAUAUUGUCAUAUUCAUAUAAUUUCCAACAGUAUGCAAAAGAAAUACAAAUCUUUACUGACUUCCUUUUUCCAUGUGUAGAUUAUAAUUUAUCAGCCUAUGACAACAAACUAGAUGUCUGCGGUUGUUGUCAGGCACGUUGGUUCUUACAAUCUCAUGUACUCUGAAACUGUGCACAAGUAUGGAUGUUUCCUUGUCUGUUGCCUUUUGGUUCAGGUUUCUUUAUAUUUCUUCUAUUAUUGCAUUGCCACCUGCCAUGCGAAUUAAGUUCCGCCUGCAUAUGCUUGAUUAUGUAAUGCAUAUGUAAUAUCUGCAAUGAUUGAUAUUUCUCCAUAAAACUUGGUAGCAUUCAGAUGUGAUGCUCUAGAUACUCCUAUGGCUGAAAGGUGUUGUACCUACUGCCUCUGUAAUGAGUGUCAGGUGCAUGUGUGUAUUCGCCAAUUGUUAUUCCAUUUCUCCAAGCUUACUUAGACAAUGAUAAAAAUUUGUUUAGUUGUUGCCACACUGAUGCAUCCCUCUUCUUUGUUCCUGUUAACUGAAAUUUUGUCUAAAAUAUCGUGCUACGUCUGGAAUUUCUUGAUCAUGAAGCUUCAUGCAACUGCUUAGAUGUGCACCCCCACGAGAAUCAGGCUCAGUAUAUAGGACUCUUAAUUUUGGGACCUUGACACUUUUGAGUUCAUUGGUUCUUCUAGAUCUGAGCUGCUACCUGAGAUGACUUGUUCUUAGAACCAUUUUUCAUUAGGCCCUUACAUCAGCAGUGGGAUAUCUGCAAAUGCUGAUAAGCUUCAAGGUUAUUGGUUUUAACUUUGCCAAAUAACUGUAAUACUGUUGCGGCCAGGGGUUUGCGCCUUGUUUUUUUAUGAGGGGAGGAAGGUCAGAUGAAUUUUGUCGUUGCCAGGCGUGCCUUGGUAAGUACACACUACUUGGAGAUGAAGAAAAUCCACGAUUGUCAAUAUAUGACAGACGGCUCCCCUGCUGUGGCUGUGGAAUAGGUUGGUCUUGUUUUCUUCUAGGUUUCUUGUGCCCUAUCAUUUGGUACGUUGCAGCUCUUCUUUAUUGCUGCAAGUACUACAAUCGGGACCCUCGUGAGCGGCCUGGACUCGCUGCUUCUGCUGUUCUGGCGGUUAUCUUUACAGCUGCAACUAUUAUAACCCUUUCUGUUCUGCUGAUAUGUUGUGUCAACAAACGGUUCUUGAAUAGCUGCGCAGUUUGACCUGAAUGAUAGCAGCAAGAUAUCUAUUGCAAAACAUCAGCGAUGAACUUCUAACUGAAAUAUUCUUUAGAUUCUUUGGUCAGUACAUUUAUUGUUGGACUGCAAAAGGGCAAUCAACGGAUUCUGAAGAUACAUUAUCACCUGUGUCAAGUACUCAAGUAUUACCUGUGACUGUGAGUGUACAUUACAGAUUACUGAAAUUGUGGAAAUCUUACUAUAUGCAGCAAUUCCUUCUCUCCCCUGAAACUAUUGAACAAUUUUGUACCGAUAAUUUGCCUGAUGAGAACAAUCAAAGUUCAGAACUUGUAUCCAAACCUGUCUGAAAUUACAUGAGCAGAUUAAUCUGGAAUGGAACUUGUGCUGCAUUUUUAUUCUUA